AUUGUUGCGUGCGUGAUAAGUCAUUUAAAUACUUUCCCCGCCAGUGGCCUCUCCCACAUUAAAGUCGUAGACCUACACUCCACAUCCCCGUCCCAGGCAAAUUCAUUCGUUCUAAGGAAAGAUCGUUACUAAAAGAGGGAAAAAAAUAGAAAUCAGAGUUGAAUUUUAAACAUGAUCGUAAUGAUUAACGAUUGAUUUGGUCUAUGAGCAAAACUUCAUUGAUGAGGAAAAACAGCGGCAGCGCUGGAUGACGAUCAAACCAGAAGUAAAAAUGAGCGUCUCUUCGGAUAAAUAUUUCUUAGAAAUUCACCGAUAUUUGUCGUUUCCUGCCGACUUUGGAGAGAAGAAAAAAGUAAGCGUUUCAGCAUUAGCAUCGUCAGGAUUUUACUAUAACGAUGGUGGCCAUCCCAAAUGCCAUUUUUGCGACUACGUUAUUUGCUCUAACAUGGAAGAGUGGUCAACAAACGUUGAAUUGAUGCACAUGAAGAGCAGCCCAGAUUGUCCCAUGCUGGACGGAGAUGGCUGUCCAGAAAAUAUUUGCAUUUGCCACAUCCCAAAUUAUAACUACGAAUGUUACAGAUUGUAUUCAUUUCCGAGCCAGAAUUGGCCUAAGGCUAGCGUCGUAUCGCCAGCAGAGUUAGCAUCAAACGGAUUUUAUUUUACUGGACGCGGCGACAACGUCCGAUGUGCAUUUUGUUACUUGGAGGUGUGUCAAUGGGAAGAAGGUGACACAGCCCUCGGGGAGCACAAAAAAUUUAACCCACUGUGCCCGUUUCUGAAAGGUUGCGCCUACAAUAUAGAAAUUGGCGAGGAAAGGUCUGAGCCAAGAAAACCCACUCCAGUGGAUAUUGAAAAACGAUUGGCGAAAUAUGGUGCACUCAAAGUAAUGAGGAAUGCCGCGACAAAAAAUAUUGAGGUGAAAAUCAACGCUCGUGCCCUGGGAGUCGUGAUUACAAAUUCGCCAAAACACCCUGAAAUGAAUUCAUCAGAAAAAAGAAUCAAAUCGUUUGAAUUGUGGCCUGAGCAGAAGAAAUUGAUGAUUGAAAAGCUUGCCGAAGCUGGUUUCUUUUACACUGGUUCGGAUGACCACUGCACCUGCUUCUGCUGCGGUUAUGGUUUGCGCAACUGGGAUUUAGAACACUGUCCUAUGACUGAGCACUGCAAAUUAUUCCCCAAGUGCGUCUUCUUGCAGCUGAACAGAGACGAAACUUACAAUGAGGAGGCUGACGAUCUAAUCGAUUUGAAGAAAUGCAAAGGGUGUCUUGAAAUGGAGAUUGACACUGCUUGCUUGCCGUGUGGUCACAUGGCUUAUUGUGAACAAUGCGUUCAGCAGCACGAAAAAUGUCCAACUUGUUCCCAAUAUUUGCUCUUUUUCCUCAAAAUAUAUGUGCCGUAAAAACCUUUUAUAGAUAUUUGCUGAUGAUUUAUAAAAUUUUUUAUUAUGAUUUCUUAAA